AAUGUGUGAAUAACAAUUUUGACAAUUUGCACACUUACAAUUUAAUUGCUAUCGAUUAUUCGUUUAAUGUGGAUUAAAUUAUUGGAAAAUCAAAGGGAGCUGUUUGAUGUAUUGAAUCGACACAGGUGCAAAUUGAUAGAUAACUGGAGUAACAGCAAUUUGUUAUUGUUUACGUAUUUCGGAUUGGUUCAAACAAUCUUGAAACGAAAGGCCGAGAUAAUGGAAGGCUUUGAUAACAAUGCUGGGAAUGACAGAAAACGACUGUGUAAACGUUCACCUAUAGAAGACAUAAAUAAUCUAAUGUGGGAGUGGUUCCAAAAUGUUAUGAAACAAGGUGUCCGUAUAAGUGGUCCUAUGCUACAAGAAAAAGCGCUUAUGUACGCCAAGGAGCUUAGAAUAUCAGAAGCUGACUUCAAAGCCUCUAAGGGGUGGCUCAAUCGGUUCCGUGAAAGACACAAUAUUUCAUUUGAAACUGUUUGUGGUGAAAGUGGUAGUGUAAGUUCAGAAACUGUACAACAAUGGAAAGAUAAGGUGCCCAACAUGAUCAAAGGAUACGAUAAGUGCGACAUCUACAACAUGGAUGAAACAGGACUCUAUUUUAGGGCACUACCUGAUAAAACCCUGUGUGUACGUGGUGAGGACAUUAAGGGUGGUAAACGUUCAAAGGACAGGUUAACAGUCAUGUUGUGCUCAAAUAUGAAUGGUGAUUUUGAGAAGCCACUAGUGAUCGGCAAAGCUCGAGUGCCACGUUGCUUUAGAAAUAUUCAAGUGAGUGAUUUACCAGUUACAUGGAAAUGGAAUAGAAAAGCAUGGAUGACAUUCGACAUAUUCACUGACUGGAUUAAAUCAUUCAACAAACGGAUGAGACAUCAAGACAGGAACGUGAUUCUAUUCUUAGAUAACGCUACCUCACAUCCCUCAGACCUUCAUCUCAGUAAUGUGAAAAUUCAGUUCCUUCCCAAGAACACAACAUCCGUCCUCCAACCACUAGACCAAGGAAUCUUACAGAAUAUGAAAGUUCACUAUAGGAAACGGCUUCUAAGAUCUGUGUUGUCUAAAAUUGAUGCUGACAGCUCUGUUAAUGCUGAAGUGAUUUCUAUAUUACCACAUCUCUCCUCUAAAAGUACUCCUUAUCCAGCUGGAGCCAAACGUGGCUAUAGCCCCAGGCCAACUUGCAUAUGUGUGAAGUCUGGCUGUAUUGUCGUUCUUACAAUCAAAUAUAUAAUAUUUGUUGCAUGA